UGUUUGUUGUUAUGGUUGCAGAGGAGAUGCGUUUCUGGAGCCGUACAUGCAGGGGCUGGGGACAGAGCUGAGUCACAGUCACCAUCAGUCACUGUCCACCACAGUCAUCAAGCAGCACACAGAGACCACGGAGCAGACGGACAAUGACAACCAGAGGAUUGCAGACAACCUGUCAGCACAGUUCCGCAUCAUCGACAUUGCUACCAGUCGCGCCAGUCUCACACAGGAAUCCUGUGGUGAAUCCAGUGGGGAGUCUAGUGGCGGUAGCGGAGAAGAUGCUCCCUGUGACAUCGGGUUGCUGGAGAGACUCAUCCGCAGCCAUCCUGUGUGGUUCCUGCCAGGCAUCCAGCGAGCAGGAGCCUUCCAUCUGCUGCAAGGCAAGGAGGAUGGGAACUUUGUGGUGCGCCAGUCGAGCCAGACCUGCACCAUGGCCAUCUCCGUGCGGCUGCCGGCCGGUAAGGGCCCGUACAUCGAGCACUACCUCAUACAGGCGGCAGACGACGGCCAGCUCAGUCUCGAGAGCAGCGACAACAAGUUUGAGAGCAUCCCGGCGCUGAUAGCGCACUACGCGCAGUGCUGUGACGAGUUGCCAGUCCAGCUGACGUUGCCCAGGGCUAUCCGAGAGGCUAGGAACAGGCAGCAGCUCUCAUCCCUCGCUCUUCUUGGUCAAGAGUUCUGGAGGUACCCAAUGGCUAAUCCCCGUGCCGGUACGGAGCCUGCCCCUGAGCCACAGCCUCCUCCUGGCCCUGGGGAGGGUCUACAAAGCUCUCUACCUAGCAGUGCUACCAAUAGCCAGGCCAGCAGCCUCAGCAGCUUCGGCAGCGGCAACAACAACUGCCCUGCAGGAAGUCCAACUCUAGAACCUGAGUUGCGUAAUGAUUCCAUCGUGCUCAAUCUGGCACCCCUGUAUCCUGAGCAUAGCCAGCCUCCCAGUCUCAUGAGCACCUUCAAGGGCAACCCCUCCCCCGCCUCCAGUGAACACAUCGGUAGUCCUACCUCCCCCACGUGUAGUUCCCCCACCACUAACAGCGUCAGUUACCUCUCACGGGCCACACGGCCUACUCCUCCCAACACUCUCAACCUCAUCUGUUCCAACAUCACAGGUCAUACGGAGAGGCGGUCAAGCAGCAACUCACCAUUACAACAGUUGGUAGCUCUGUCCAGCAAGACUCCACCCCCUCCCCCACCACGGUGGGCCAAGCCCUCUUCACAUCAACAGAAUUUCACGGUGACGACCACUGUCACUUUCUCAAUGAGCCAAGAAACAACGCCUCCACCUCACGUUGAAGUGUCGUGCGUUCAGGUUACGCCAAAGAUAAUGAGCUUGGAGCCAGAGAGUUUUCCGUCACUAAGUAGCUGCUCUACGCUCGAGGCUCCAGAGCCUGCGCCUAGGUCACAGUUGACCUCCCCUCCCGUGUUGUCCCCGCCAUCAUCAGUGACUUCCCCUACUCAGUCCGAGCCCGCCACACACUCCCGCCCACCCCACCGCCGCAGCAAGCGACACAAGGAGUCCAGGCAUUACCAGGAAUCUGAUAUCCUCGAGUCACCCACCGUCUACUACAGGAGUUCUGUCGCAGAUAAGGUGAGUGACUACGAGGACAUCUGGGGACCCGAGUCAAUGAGCACGUUCAAACCUGUCCGAUCUCCGUUCUCUUCCCCGGACGAGAGUAGAGCCCCGGUCCCUGACAUAUUGGAGCGAGUACCCACCACUACCCCUGCCAGCACUCCUGCCACCACCCCUGCCCCUACUCCUACACCAGCCACUGCCUCCACCCCCUCCACUGCACCCCUUCCUCGUAACCGACUGGGUCUCAGUGUCAAUACCGCAUCCCCCAUCUCCCCAACAGUCACAUCUUCCAACGAACUGAAGACACCUGUGGACUCACAGCCUUCUAGCAAUGGAAAGCAAGGGAGUCCGUUUUACGCAGAGCCGGCUGAUGCUAUCAGACAGGCGGCACUACUCAAGGUGCAGCGACGCCAGGGCAGGGUCCACACUGCCAAGACCCACCGCCACUCAGACCCUGCAACCUUGAUACAGUGGCCCACCCCUACCCCCACCUCGGGCCUCCAGAGGAUAGACUCUAAGGAGGAGCUGUGCACCAGUGGCAACGGUCUGUCCUCGUCAGUGGACAACCUAGCUCACCUCCGCCACUCCCGACACAAGGGCAGAGCCAAGCCCGUGCAGCCGCCUAGGGUGGGCUUCCGAGCAGCAGGCAAGUCUUUCCAUGACACUUCCUGGACUGUGGAUUCCAGCUGGGAGUUCAUUGGAAAUGAAGACGAGGCAGGAUCUGAUCAGGAAAGUGUUGAGGAAGGGUUUAUCAUGGAGAGGAGGUUUCCCUCUCUUGAACAACAGGCUGAGGACUCCGAGUCCAACAGUCCUGGCUACCGAGGCAUCACGAUCCAGGAGAUCAUUUCCCAGAGGUUUCCAGAAUUGCGACUGUCACCUAACCUUUCUCACAGUCACAAAGGAGGCGACCCAAACAGUAGCUCUGACUCCAACAACGGCUCCAGGGUUUCAGCUUAUGACAAUGUUGUCAACAACAACAACCACAAGCCCGUGAGCAUCUGUCUGAACGGAUCGGGCAACUCUGACAACGAUGAUGCACUGACGGUGUUCUCGGAGCCGUGGGACAGCUCACGGUGGGAGCACCUGUUGAGGGGCAGAGAUCGGGAGAGUGAAGUAGAGCACAAGUCCACCACCCCCGCCCCCGCUCCAGCUCCUGCCCAGACACCCACAGUUACCCGCACCAAGAGUUUCAAAGAACGACUCGACCCACUACUCUCACCGCCUCGCCUGCAAGCCCUGCAGAGGACUCGCGAAGCCGGCGGGAGUGGAGCCUCGAUACGCGCGUACGCUCUGCACCUGGCAGCGGACAAGAGCACCACGUUCGCGCAGAACAUCGACAACUUCAUCGCCUGCACCAAGGAGUCCCGCGAGGUGCGGCCCCAGGUGGUGAUGCGCAACAUGCGCCAGUUCAUGAGCGGCAUGAAGAACUACCUGGUCAAGCACGGUGAGCGCGAGUUCGAGAAGGAAGUGGAACGGGAGCGUGGCAAGUUGAAAGCAAACGAGUUUCUGAAUCUGGAUGCAAUCCUCGAGGGUGUGAUGCACAAGCUGGUGGUGCGACCACUACGAGAACACCUGUACUACCUGUUCGUGGAGGAGUAUAGCAACAACGGUGCGAUAUCACUGCUGGUGGACAACAUCAUUCUGGCCAGGACCAAACCUCUGCACGAGCUGGGCAUUAGGAAAAACAUAAUACCACCGUCGGAAGAGUCCCUGGCCACUAUUUGCCACUACCUGCACCGACUACAAGAGGUGGACUCUCCACUUGAGAAACUGGAAAAUCUGCUGACUGCGAUCUCUGCCAUUUUCAAUUCCGUGAAGGUGACCAACAGUUCGGGAAGCAAAGGGAUGAUGCUGGGCGCAGACGACUUCCUACCGUUGUUUGUGUGGGUCCUGGUGCAGAGUGGCAUGAUCGCAGCGGAGAUAGAGGCAGAGUACAUGUGGGGACUGUUGCAUCCCUCGCUGCUGUCGGGCGAGGGCGGCUACUACCUCACCACGCUGUCCUCAGCAGUCCAUGUCCUCAAGAACUUCCGGGCAUGCACCAAUUCGGAGCCGAACCUUGAUUGGGGGAGUGGACCUAUGUCAGAGUUCCGCUCUGUGUUGAAGAUCGUUGUUCCGGAUGAAAUGAACGGUUCAAUAAUAACCAAGACGCUACCAGUGCGACCCAACAUGACCACUAGGGAUGUCUGCAAGAUCAUCGCACACAAGGUGCGGAUCACCAACCCCCAGGACUAUGGCCUCUACAAGCUGGUCGACGGAGAAGAAACUCUCUUAGCAGAAACAGAUUGCCCACAAGAUAUUAAAGGGACUGUCUCCACUAUAGGCAAGCAUUGUAUGUUUGCGUACAAACGUAUCGAUGCCAAGAUUGCGUGGCCGCGCACAACAUCUCCCGAAUAACUCCAGCAUGCGCAACUGAUCCUGUCUUCCACCAUCUCAACACAGAUUUCCCACAUAGUCUUUGUUAUGUUGGCAUUACAUAUCGUGCUACCGUUGUUUAGUUUCUAGACGUCCUAUUUUUGAAGAAACACUAAGAUUUGCAGAUAUUCAAAUCGAUAUUGUACAAAAUACGAGUACCUAUAGCAGUUAGCUGUUGUAUAAAUCCAGCUAAAGUCGAUGCUUUUCAUUCAUUUUAAGAGUAAAUCUAACAAAAUCUAUAAAAAUAAAGCAUAAAUAAUAAAAACAAGAACUAAAAAGCAAUAUUUGUGGUAUAUAUAUUUUUUAUUAAGAGUCUUUAUUUAAUUUAGUUCCACUUUCAAAGUUGUUAUUUUGUAUUGUAAUUUGUUUUUCGUAAAAAAAAUAAAAUUUGCUACAGCAUUAAAAAGUAGUCCAUAAUGUGUUAUCCAAAAUAGAAACAAAAUCCUUUACUAAUAGAUGUAGAACAAUAAAUGAUCGAUCAAAAUCUAGAACAGACAAGAUGGAUUUCCAACUUUCAAGAAGAGGCCUUAAGAGUAGGGUAGUGUAGAAUCGUAGAAAUUUAGUUUCCCUUUCCAAAACAAACCAAGUGACUGAACCUAAAGUAUAUUUUCAUACCUCGAUCGCGACCACGCAUUUCUGAUGGAGGUGUAUAUUUUCUAUUUUCUACUAACACUAAUGCUAGUCAACAUUUCCCAAUUGGGCCUUGUAAUUUUGUUCUCAAUAAUUUUAAGGUUUACAGUAAGGCAUUACCGCUCAAGUGUAACGUAGUCGAGUAUUACUUAAUGUCUGUAAUGUAACGUCAUAAUAUUACGCCUUUGUCACAAUAUGAACAAGCUGGAAGUCUCGAUGUGUCCGUUAUUAAUUACAUAAACUUAUUGUAGAAAUUUAGUUAUUAGCGAAGUUAAAUCCAGUUCUUUAACCCCAAAUUCGUAACUAAACCAUUUAGAUGACUUCCUUUUUCAUUAGAAAUUUAUUGUAUAUAUUAAGUUAAUGUAUUUUAACACAUUUUUGUAUAUAGUGUAAAUUAGAAGAUAUUUUAAUUGUAAACUUACCCCGUUCAUAUUGUGGCCUGGAGGCCUUUUUGUAAUGAUAUAAUAAAUGUUUAUAUUAGUUUAAUAUUUAUCUUUUUCUAUUAUUUGUAAAAAUGAAAUCGUUUCCUGUACCACUGAUGCCAAGUCAAAACCUGACAUCACAAUGUUCCGGUACCAGUCAAUAACUGUGGCAUUUCUUUCUUUAAUAAACAAAUUUUGAAAGCA